AUGGUAGAAGCAAUCGCGUCCCUGCAGCAGCCUCACCGCGAUGGGAAAAAGCGAUUGUCGGUCAAAGAACGCCGUGACAUAAAGAAAGGUAAAGUGCCAGUGAUGAAAGGCUCUAUUGAUGACCAGUCUAUUGAAGAGGAAAACCGAACAGAGGGCAAACAUGUUGAUGUGAAGAAAGACAAGGAAGUCACUCGAAUGCCGCAGGAGAAGAAGAGUGUUCGUGGGAAAAUGGACAAAAUGAAGAAGAUGACGAAGAAAUACAUUGAUCAAGACGAUGAGGAUUGUCAGGUGCGAAUGGAGGCCAUGUCGUUGAGGUAA